AUGCCACAGAAUAGCACAACCGUCACCUGUCUAGCAUUCGUAAGUGCCUUUGUUGGUGCUAUCUAUGUGCCGGCUCAGGACGAAAUCAUGUCAAUCUUUGACUGCAGCUACGAAAUUGCCGUGCUCCCUCUUUCCUUGAGGGCUGUCUCCGCUGUCACACCGCCUAUCUUUAUUUUGUUCAUGGUUGGAGCGGCUGUGUUUCAGACGAUGCGAGACCUGACCACCUGUCGCUUCUUCGCUGGCAUUCUUGAAUCCCCUAACAUCACCAAUGCCUCCGCUACGAUUUUGGACUACAUCCCUCAAAUGUACCGUGGUCCAAGAGACUGGCUUUGGACGCAAUGGGCUGCGAUCGUAAUGGCUGCCGCUACAUACCUCCCUGUUCUCCUAACGAGGAAAUCUUACCAAGACGUGAUUCUUAAGCGUCGCGCGAGAAGCUUUGGUCUCUAUGUCCAAUACUUCUUUGGCACGUUAAUUCAGCGACCACUACAUAUGCUGGUUACUGAGCCUAUCGUUGCAUUGGUCAGCUGUUACAAUGUCUCCAUUCCUUGGACUUUCAAAACCUACUAUAAUCUCGGCAAGUCUGCACAAUCACUCUCCUACCUCGGUGUGUCAUUGGGAAGCUUGGCUGUCUGUAUUCCAUUCCCUUUUAUCGACAUCUUCUUUUACCAGCGGCGCCUACGUUCUUGGAGACAAACGUACGGAAGCGAGCGAAUGCUACCCAAGAACCGUUUUAUCCCGGCAAUGGCAGCUAGUCUCUUGCUCCCCGUCAGUCUUGUAGUUGGAGGCUGGACGGCCCAUUACCGUGUCCACUGGAUGGUUCCGAUUUUAUUACAAGGAGUGGCGAUGCUUUCCUGUCUUCUCAUCUAUGCUGGCGCGAUUUUGUGCGUGUUGGAUACCUAUGGACCACUUUACGGAGCGUCUGCAUCUAGUGCAAUGAUGUUCAGUAGGUACUUUGUGGGCUUCUUGUUUCCUUUAUUUUCCCUACGCAUGUUCAAACGACUCGGCGUCGGGUGGGCAACCUCAUUGUUGGCUGUGUUGAUGCUGUUGAUGGCACCGAUUCCUUGGGCAUUUUGGAUCUACGGCGAGCGAAUAAGAAAGAGAAGCAGUUACGAAACAAACUCGGUAUAUGGCGGUACACCCUCGGAUAGAAACGAGAACACAGCAAUGCUAGCUCGCAUGUUACCAAAGCCUAGCUUCCAUGCACUUCCUACUGAGCGCGGUCAUGCCCACCGAGAGUCCUGCUGA